AUGUCCCUGUCUUCCUUGUGCAAAGCCGGCGGGCCGACUCUCGGCGCUUGCCUCCCCGCCCAGCGCGCCGUCCUCUUCGCCUGGUCGCUCUCAAGCGGCGUCGGCCCGCCCUUCGACGUCGCCUUCUCGUUCCUUCUCACCGCCCUCGCGAUGCUCUCUGUCGCGCUCGCCGCCUGCAGGCCCGUCCGCAGGCACUUGGCGCCCGCCGCUGCCCGCGCACGCGGCUACCUCGGCGGCUCCAGCGCCACCCAGCAGCUCUCGAGGUCUCGAGGGUCGCAGGAGCUGGUCGCCGCGCAGGCUGCUCAGAGCGGCGCGGACAGCGUAACGGCCAGAGAGGGCAGAAGGAGGUAGAAGGUCGGCGCACGGCCGAUGGCUCUUGAGCUGACAGACCACCGCCGCGCGGGUCUCUGUACUGGCCCUGCACUGCCACACUGCGCCUGUUCCAGUAGCGUGGUGCGCUACCUCGUACCUGGCGGUCUUGAGUCAAUCAGUCACAUCUGCAGCACUGUGCGGUGUGCGGAGCGGGCCAGGUAAGGUAAGGUAAGGUAAACUUCUCCACACACACGAGGUGUGGUGGGGCAAGGGGGGGCAACCCUCGCGUCUCCACGUCUAACGACAGGAGCCCCACGGCAUUCAAAGUGCAAGGCCCGUUGCGCGUGGGUGAGCGGUGUGUGCGCCCUUGUCUGUGAGAGAGGCUUGUAUUUUAAGAACUCUUCUCCC